AUGACACCGACACCGCCAUCGACAUCAUCCAGCGUGGGCGCGCAUUCUCCCGAAGGCCAAUAUAGGGUGGUUAGGAAGCGAAACAGGGUGCCGCUUUCGUGCGCGCCUUGUCGACAGAGAAAAUUAAAAUGCAAUCGCUCCCAUCCUUGCGAAAAUUGCAUCAAACGAGGGGACGCCUCCUCCUGCACUUAUGCUCAACCAGGAUCGCGAAAGAAGAGUUCUCCUCAGAGCUCUUCCCAAUCACCAGAUGAUAUGCAAAACAGGAUAGAUCGAUUGGAGAAUUUAGUUCUAUCGCUCAUGACGAAUGGAUCGCAAGCGGCUGGACCAGCCGCCGCCGCCGCAGCUCUAUCCGGACACGAUAGCGUUGAGUCCGGACAGAAUUACCAGGAUCUUGAGUUAGAUGACGACGUUGAUGGACAGAAUGAAGAGAGCGAUACGGAAGCGGUGACAAAAUCGUUCGGCAUCAUGAAGGUCGACAAUAACAAAUCAAUGUAUAUCAGCGAGGCUCAUUGGGCGUCUGUUCUGAAUGAUAUUGCGGAAGUUCGUCAAUUCUUUCAGAACUCGAGAAAGCAAUAUGAAGAACAAGCACAGAAAAUACAAGCCACAAAGCCAGAAGCCGAUACUACCACCAUGUUACUUUUUGGCUCGGUGAAGGCACCUAGCAAAUCCGAGAUUCUGGCCUCCUUCCCCUCACGAUAUAUCGCAGAUAUGCUGAUAUCGCGGUUCUUCAAUAAUCGUGAUCAUGGUCCUGGCAGUUAUGUUCUUCAUGUGCCAACCUUUCAGAAAGAUUACAAUGAGCACUGGAAAGAUCCCUCCGCUUCAUGUCCAGUAUGGAUCGGUAUGCUUUAUGCCAUGAUGCGACUGGCUAUGCUCUCAUAUUACCACGACGGGGAAGAGCCGCCAGAAUUCAAGGGCAAAUCACUUGAUAUGUCAAAGUCUUUCCGCCAUCUCAUGUGUCAGUGUUUGAUUCUGGCAGACUACACGAAGCCGUAUCCGUAUCUGAUCGAGACUCUUGUUCUUCAUAUGCAUGCUGAUUUCAGCGAGACCAGUGAAGCUAAUGUUCGUGUGUGGAUUCUUUGCGGUAUAAUCGCACGAUUAGCCAUGCGCAUGGGCUACCAUCGGGAUUCGAAAAUGUUUCCCAACAUUACACCUUUUCAAGGUGAGAUGCGAAGAAGGGUGUGGGCAUAUCUUAGGCAGGCGGAUCUUCUUUUCUCAUUCCAGGUCGGCAUGCCCAGUAUGCUACGGCCCGGAGACACCGACACUGAGCUGCCGCGAAAUCUGUUUGACGAAGAUUUUGGUCCUGAUAGCAAAGAGAUACCGCCGUCCAGGCCCAACGAACAAUCCACUCCGUUGUCUUAUAUGAUUGCCAAAAGUCGCCUGUCGGUUGCUUUUGGUCGUGUUAUUGAACAUACCUCGCUUGUCAAGAAUGCGCCAUAUGAGGUUGUUAUUGAUAUAGAUGCUGAGCUUCGACGAGCUCGGGAUCUUAUUCCUGAACAUCUGCGAGUGCUUCCAUUUGAAGAGUGCACGAUAGAGUCUACUGAUUCGAUCUUGAUGAGAUAUUAUGUUGAAAGCGUCUACCACAAGGCACAAGUUGUUCUACACCGAAGAUAUAUUGGCCGUGCCCGAGAAAAUCCCCGAUUCACCCAUUCGCGCCGGACAUGUAUUGACUCAUCACUGGAGCUCUUGCGUUACCAGGCCAUCUUCCACAGCCAGAAGUUGCCAGGUGGUCGUCUGUUGAGCAAGAUUCGGGAUAACGCCAUCAAUAACAGUAACUACUUACUCUCUGCGACAGUGAUAUGUCUCGACCUUUAUCAGAGCAUGCAGUUGCAGGCAGCUGGACGCCCAUCAGGCGAUGUCUAUAUUUGGGGCCGGGAACGUCGCGACGAAAUGCUUGCCGCUAUCCAACAAGCGAGAGAUAUCUGGCGGGAUCAAAGCGACGAGUCGAUGGAGUCAUGGAAAGCAGCAGGCAUGAUGACUGUUAUGCUUGAUAAGUUGAAUGUGACGCCACCGACUUCGACAGACAUGAACGGCAGUUCAGGCAUGCUCGGAGUGCCGGAUGAGAAGCAGAGUGCUGCGAUGACUCUGGGCCUUUUGAGUAGCGGCAUGAGCCCGCAAGAUACGGGAACCGGAUUUACAGAUCCGUUCAAAAACACCGACUCAGUACUGUCUCCAUCGGCUCUCGCUGGAGGGGCUGACAUGGGCUUUGCGUCUCCAUUCAAUAUGCUUGGUCAAAUGCCAGACAUGCAACUCGACUGGAACGCCUGGGACAGCUACAUAGGCAACACGACCCUCGACAACAACACUAACAACUCAAAUCCCCUCUGGCCUAUGUUCGACAUGCCUAAUCAAAUGAUCUCCCCAAUCCCAUCUUCGUCAGCAUCUGGCGGCCAACCAACUCCAUCUACCACAACCACCACCGACACACCAGGAAACAGAAGCGCAAUAUCGACGGACAAUAUCCGAAACAGGGUACGAAUGCCCGGCGUCCUGCCUUCGGAUACGGGUAUGACGUAUUCUGCUCUUCGCCCUGCCGCUCGCCGGCUCUUGUCCGUCAGACCCAAUGCCUCUUUCCUCAAUGCGCGAUCACGAUCAAUCACCACUCAAUCCAACGCAUUCAGCCGCCCAGCUGCUACUUCCAGUGUCUCCACCUUUCAGCAAAUCCAGCGACGAUGGAACAGCGACGAAGCCGCCAAGAUUGCCGCCCAAAAGGCAUCAGAGACCAAAGCCGAAGAAGACGAAGCUUCCCUCGAAGCUGCCCUUGAGUCUGCUGCCAUGAAAGCAGCAAAGGAGCAAGGAUCAACUGUAGAUGUGUCUGCGGCUGAGGCUAAGAUCGAGGCUACGGAGCAAGGAUCUACUGUGGAGGCCACAGCAGUCGAGGGCGAGAUUGAGCCUACAGAGCAAGGUGCUAGCUUGUCUGCGAAUGCGGCCCCUCAAGAUGGUGCAGCAGACGUAGAUGCUUCCCGGAGAAAUAAUUCCAACGGUCGGAUGAAUCGUUUCCCGGAGGCCGUCCCUUCACCAACUGUUUACAUUGGAAAUUUGUUCUUUGAUGUCACCGCGGAGGAUUUGAAGGCCAGGAUGGAGGAGUAUGGCGUUGUUGAGAAGUCUAUUAUUAUUUCUGAUGCUCGUGGUUUGAGCAAAGGAUUCGGAUACGUUACAUUUGACUCCGUGGAAGCCGCCCACCGUGCCAUUCAAGAGAUGAACCAGCAAGUCUACGAAGGCCGUCGUGUACUCGUCCAAUUCACCGCUGCUGGAGCCGGACCUCGCGCUCCCAAAGGUCGUGCCGUAGGACAACCUACAAGAAGCCUCUACAUCGGAAACCUGGCUUACGACCUUACGGACCGAGAACUCAACGAACUCUUCAAGAGCGUUCGCAACGUCAUUGAAGUCCGUGUUGCCGUCGAUCGCCAGACCGGUAACCCCCGGGGAUUCGCCCACGCCGAUUUCCUUGAUGUUCCCAGUGCUCAGGCUGCUUUUGAGAUCCUUAGCGGCAAGGCACCUCACGGUCGUCGAUUGAAGAUUGACUUCAGCCAGGGCGCUAAGCGGAUUAGCCGACAACCCGCAGAGAACCAGACUCAGAACGAUGAGCAAUAA